AUGGCCCCGGGGAGCGGGGUGAAGAGCGAGUACAUGAAGCGCUACCAGCAGCCGCGCUGGGACGAGCUGGCGCCCUGCUACCGCGAGCUGCUGCACUACCGCCUGGGCCGCCGGCUGCUGGAGCAGGCCCACGCGCCCUGGCUCUGGGACGCCUGGGCCCCGGCCGGCAGCUCCGACGCGGCCUCGUCCGCCUCUUCGGGCGCCGGCAGCCUCGGCGCCUCCCCGGCCUCCCCCAGGCCGCUGCCCGCGGAACCCGCGGCGCCCGGGACGCGGGAGGAUCCGAGCGCGGCGGCGCCCGCGAAGGACGCGACGCAGACAGCACUGCCAGUGACAGAUGUAAAAGAAAAAUCCGAGCAGCAGAUCAGAACAAAAGAAACUGACAAAUCACCUAACAGUAUUGAACCUCAACAACAAAGUGCCUUACUUGCUAAAGGAAAUAGGAAAGCAGUCAAAAGUCCUCAAAGAGCCUCAAGUAAAGUAAAAGAAAAGUCUCCAUUUGUACUUUAUGGGUGGGGAGAGAGACAGAUGAAUACAGGAAGCCAGAAAACGCACAACGUCUGUGCUUCGGCCCCAGUGCAUGAGAUUCAUGAAUCGGCAUUACGAGCCAAGAACAGAAGACAGGUGGAAAAAAAAAGACUGGUUGCUCAGAGGCAGCGUGCCCACUCUGUAGAUGUGGAGAUAAACAGAAAGAUAAAGUCUUCCUCAGAGAAUCCAUGGAUGACAGAAUAUAUGAGAUGUUAUUCAGCAAGAGCAUAAACAAUGAAACUGAGGCAUGGGUGGCUUCUUUUUAAAAGUAUAAAUAACAUAAAGAAAAACUCCAAAAGAAACCGGACACAGGUCUAAGAAACCAACUGAUUAUGCAAGGUUUUCGUAGGGACUUUCUAAAAGAUUAUUCUAUUUUGAUGCUCCUGUUCUCCUACCUCAGCAGUAGGGUGAAGGUUGAAGCCAUAGACGUUUGGUUAUUUAUGAAGACAAUUUCCUAAAUCUUUGAUAAUCUAACAAGGAUUGUGUUUUAAAGCAUCUCAGUAUUUUUAGAUCCUAACACCCAAUGCCUUUAAAUGGCUAUAGAUGCUUAAUACCCAGUAUUCUUUUCUCACUUUUAGGUGGAAUUUGUUUUCAUCCUGUUGUGAAUAACAUCAGAUUUCAUUACUACUUCUUGCAGCAUAAGACCUAUUUCCUUAUACGUGAUUUUCUUACAUGUGAAGGAAUAUUAAGUUAAAAGUUAGUUUUAACAUUAAUCAUUCUAUGUGUGGUAAAACUUUAAAUUUCUGAAAAAUUAAAUUUGUAGUUCAGUUUAAUGCCUAAUGUAAACUAUGAGCCAUGGUAUACGGGAACUGUCUAGAAUGGGUGAUAGUUUUUUUUUUUAUCCUCCAGGCUUAUUUCAUAGUUGAAAUGUGUUUCAUUUGCAUUUGAAGUGCCAGUGCACUGUAUUUUGAGUUGUAGUGAAGUUUCUUUUGUGUUACUGUCACUUUUUUUUUUUAUUACAAGUGUUUUUGUUUUAUUUUAGAACACAAUAAUCACUUGGCUUCAUUAUGGCCUGUGGACACAUACCUACUGUGGAUUUUUGCCUCUUCUAUAACAGUUGACAGUGAUAUUUAAACUUUUAGACAGAAUGUCUUAUAGUGAGAGCAGGGUAAAAUACUAAGAUGCCCAUUAGAAAUUUAGCCCACCUCACUCUUCCUAUUCCGUCCCUCUCUUCACUAACAAAAAAAGCCUUGAGUGAUGUACAUUAUUCAGAUUUUGGGUGAAAUGCAUCAUUUCUAGAUUUCUUGUCUGUAGAUUUUUUUAUUAUACUUAAUGUGAAAAAGUGGUGGUGUGUCUAGAAGUGCUCCUCACUAUAAAAUAUUUGCUUUGAGGAUAGAAUAACAGGCACUAAGGAAUCUGGUUUU